CCAAGUUGAUCUUACGUUGCACGGUUGGCACUCCUGAUCAGAUUGGGCGCGUAAAUACACGAUGUCAGCUGUAGUAAAACCGAGUUAUGGAACGAAGAUGGUUGCACGUAGUAUAUUCCUCCUAAUUCUGUAAUUCUGUAUUCUGUUCUCUGUGUACUUGAGAAAAGAAACCAUAGAUGUGGAUUUCGUUAUAUAUAGCUUCUGUUUUGGUUUCACUAAAAGAGUCGCAAAUCUCUCGUUUGUGAUAAUGGCAUUCGUACCUCCUUCAGCGAGGGCUGAUCUCGUGCAAGUCUAUUCGAACGAAAAAGAUUUUAAUAGGGAAGCCCGCCAAGUGUCACAUAUCUUGAGAGAUAUUUCAAAGCUCAAUGACGAACAAACGGCACGUAGUCGAGAACACGAGGAGAAUAUUGAAGAAAACUCGGGAGACGUUCGCGACUUGUCGAGUGAAGAGAACUGUUAUCGUGAUCAGGAUAAGUUGGAGAAUCGUGAAGCUUCCUCUAAGCUUCACCCAAGCGGCGAAGCCAGUCUGAACGAAUUCAGUGCAGAAAGCGAAUUGCGGGUUGGUGAUGGAAAGUCCUGUGAUACAGAUAGUAGCGUUAAUACUGUUAAAAAAACCUCGGAGAGGUCUUUGAAUUUCGCGGACAGCGAUUCCGCGGAAGAAGCUAAUUUAAAUGCAACACCGAACGAGAGUUCGUCUAUGACUAACGGUGAAUGUCGUCCUGGAUCACCCGAAUACUUACAGAUUGCAGAACAUAAGAACAAUUCAAGAAAUAAAAGCCUAAGGAGAAUAAUAGAUAGCGAGUCUGAAGAAGAGGCACAAACAAGCGAGGGUAACAACCUUCCUCAAGCUGUUCAGAAGAUUAUAAGCACUACGGCCAAAAGUUAUCAGGCUUUAAUAGAUUCUGAAUCGGAGGAAGGGGAACAAAAUGAAGAAACGGAAAACAGUCCUUUUGUCGUACUUGAAGAAACGUCUAAAAAUAAGGAAGGAGAUAGCGAGUCUGAAGAAGAGGCACAAACAAGCGAGAGUAACGACCUUCCUCAAACUGUUCCGAAGAUUAUAGGCACUACGAAUAUAUCUUUGUUACAGGCCAAAAGCUAUCAGGCUUUAAUAGAUUCUGAAUCGGAGGAAGAGGAACAAAAUGAAGAAACGGAAAACAGUCCUUUUGUCGUACUUGAAGAAACAUCUAAAAAUAAGGAAAAGAACAAAUUAGUUACAAAGAGAAAGGGUUCUAUAAGAGCUUCUAAAAACGAGGCGAUGCGUCAGAUACAUAGCGAAAGCCAACGUUUAUUAAGAGAGACGGAAAUUUCUUUACCGUAUCACAGGCCAAAACAACGUACAUUACAAGAGUUUUUGAACAGAAGAAAUAUAUUAUCUACCCUUCCGAAAGCACCUUCAACAGCUGCAAAACUUAAGAUGUCGUCUACAAUAGUAAGCCAGGUCCUUGCAGAAAAGGAAAAAGAGGCAGAACUUUUUUACAAAUCCUCAGAUUCUGAUGACGAUGAUAUGCAACAAUCUAUAUCUUGUGUUAGUAAGGAUAUAAAUGAACCUUUCUCUACAAAUGAGAAAGAGACGAUGCCCUCAAAGAAGAUAGAUAUCGAUUAUAUAUGUAUUCAAGAUCCUAAAAAGAUUGGAACAGGCACUCAAGAGUCUCAAGAUAAUAAUGAGAUUGUGCAAAAAGAUCACUUAGAUUUUAAUGCACCCAGGUGCAAAAUACGACUUGAAAAAGAUUUUAAUGAAGUGAAUCAUCAAGCCAUAGAGUUAGCGGAUAAUAACGGUAAUUCAAGUGAUAAGUCUGAUACAAUAUUGCGACAGAUAACAAAUGAAGGUAAUCAAAAUCUCCGAAAGCGUGGUUUACCAAGAAAAUUAUUUGACACGUUCGAAAAUGAAUCAAAUGAUGUUCUUGAAAUAAAUGUUGACGAAGAAAAAGUAACUGAAGAAACUGAAGCUGUUAGUUCAUUGAACAAGGAAAAAUGUAUUAACGACGAGAAUCACAAAUCCAAAGCUACCAUCACGGAGAAUUGUGACGUAUUUGAAAUAUCAAAAGCACAUCGAGAUAAUUCCGAAGUAAUUAAUGAAAGAGAUAGAAGUCAGACUAUAGAAGCAAUGGAAAUAUCAGAAAUACUUAAUAACAUAAAUGGUAAGGAAAUAACUGAGACAUUUCAAAGUGAUAAUGAUACGUUGGAUAACGUUGUACGUUUAAAUUCUGAGGACCACAUAACACAGGACGGAAACAAUGAAAACACAAAUAAAUAUUCCGAGACAAAUGUGUUAUCACCAUCUCUUGUUGCAAUUAACGAAGCUCAAUUAAAAGUUCAACAUGAUUCUUUAACAAAUGAGUACGAAAAGUCUGAUGGUCACGUACAAGGUUUGCCACUUCCAGAAUUUGCAGAUGAUACUUCAUUAAGUAGAAAAAAGUUAGCAUUGGUAUCCAACUCGAAAGUUACAUUAAGAGGAUCGCCAGGUAUGAUUAUUGAUUUAACAGACAAUGCAAAGCCAGAUGUAAGAGGUGUAAAUACAUUAUUAGAUAGAUUUUUCUGUAAACACGUUAACGCAAAAAAACAGAGUGAUAAUGAGCCCGAAGUAACUGUAAUACACUUACAAAAUACGCAGAAUGGUCUUCUUCCAAUUAAAGAAACACUCCCGUACAAAAAAGUGCCUGCUAGCACUGAUAAUUCUGAAUUUAAUAAGCCUGGGGCCAAAUUAAUACGUUUAAAGGAAGAUCUAAAAUUACAAAUGACUUUAAAACGUAAUAAAGAAUGGAAACAAAAAGAAAUGGAGCUGCAAGCGGAGGAGGAGGAGGAAGACUGGAAUGGAGAAGAAGAAAGUGGUCACGAUUCCGAUGAAGAAGAAAAAGCGAAUAUGGGUUUGGAGUCGAGUGACAGUGGAGAGAGCGAACCCGAAGAGAAUGACAUUUGUAUUAAGGAUAAGAAAAGGAGUAAAUGUCUAUUUGCAGAUGACGAGGCUGAGGUUACAGACAAUGAGAAUUUAAGUACAGAAGAGACAUGCAAUGAAAGUGACACGGAUCGUGUAAACCAUAAACAGUUCACAAGUUUAAAAUAUAGGAAAAAAUACAUAAAUGACGUGAAUGAGAUUGAAAUCGAUGAAGAAGAAGAGGAAGAGGAGGAGGAGGAAGAGGAAGAAAAUGACGAUGAUGAUGAUGAUGAUGGUAAUGAAGCUGAAGAUAAGAGUGAAGAAGAAAGUUUAGAUGUAAAUAUGGAGAAUAGAAAUAAAUUUGACUUAAAAAGUAGUGGCAACGUUUGUAAAAACACUCAAUUAAAUAUGGCGACAGAAAUAGAUGCAUCUAAAGCACAUUGCGAAGAUAAUGAUUGGAUAAGUGAAAAUAAAAGUAAUAUGCCUGCUUGUCAGCAACGUGAAGUUGCUACGAGAAGCCAGAUAUGUAAGACACCUAUGACGAAAACAAGUAUGCUCGAUAUGGUUUCUCCUAUAACACAAUUGAGUGUACUGAAUACUACCUUAAAUUCCAAUAAGAAAGAUUCAUUGGAAGAGAUGGAAUGUCCAAGUGAUAAACGCGAGUUCCUCUAUAUUGAAAACACACAGAGUGACGAACCUUAUGAAGAUGUGUGCAGCGUCAGAAAUAAAACUAUUUUAAAAAAGAAAUUAUUUGAUGAUAUUGGAGAAACUAUCGACGAUGAAUACCUUAUGCAAUUAUGUUCGGGUAAAUUUGAAUCUACCCAAAGAACCGAUCUAGAUUUAUUUUCGCAAUCCAAUACCACUCAAGUAUCGCAGUUACGUUCAAGUGCCGAAUUACGUCCUGGAAAUUCUAACGCGAAUCCAGUUGAUGUUAAACAAUCCAAAGAUCCAAAAGAAAGUGAUAAUAUGUUUCAAGAUAUUAAAUUAAUCUUAGAUGAAGAUUCCAAUUCUGUAAAUUAUGCAAGAGAAAUAAGUAAAGAUAGCGCAAUAGAUUCUGAAUUAAAAUUAACAAUCGCUUCCUCGGACGAUGAGGAUGAUGAAGAUACGUUUGUCAAACCCAAAAGACGUUUGGUCAAAAAAUUCAACUUGUCCGAUUCGGAAGAAGAGAAUUCUAAAUUCUCUGAUGAAGAAAAGGAUGAUGUAGACAGUGAAGAGGCAGAGGAACAAUACAUUGACUACGAUUCCGAGGAAAAUGAAAUAGUACCGGAAGUACCGGAAGAGAAUAUAAAACAAGUUGCAGCUGGUUUUUUGGAAGAAGAGGCCGAGUUAAGUGAAAGUGAUUGGGAUUCCGCUGAUGAAGACGAGAAGGACAUGGAUAAAUUAGAAUUUGAGGAAGCUGAUGAGGAACACAUAGACGAACACGAGAUGAAGAAUCAACUGGAAAAGAUUCAUAUGAAACAAAUGCUCGAUGAAGAUAAAAGGGAAGUUAGAUUGCUUAAGGAGUUAUUAUUUGAGGAUGGUGAUUUACACUCCGAUGGAACGGGACGUGAGCGUAAAUUCAAAUGGAGGAAUAUAGAUAAAUUAGGAAGUAGUAUUGAAACACCACAAAUGUCUGAUGAAAACGAUGGCUGGGUCGACGUGCAAGAAGAUGAGGAAGAAGCAAAGUGGAGUAAACUCAGACACGAAAGGGACAAAUUUCUUGAGGAAAGAAUGAAAUGCUUAAAUAACGAGAUCGAGGACGAGUUGUGCGACAGUCAAAUUUUUAAACUCGGACUAAAAGCAGUUAGGAAAAUCAAGGAUAAUGAGUCACAAAGACAAGAUACUUCUCUCGACAAAGCAGAUUCUAUCGAAAAUAUGGAACCGAUUAUGCCACGGAAUAUAACGGAUCUCUUGAAUGGACCAAAUAUCGGAAAGAAAUCCCAAACGAUAUAUAAUAUUAUAAAAAAACGUUCGCUCUUGACUCGAGGGGAAGAGUCGUUAGCAAGGAUAGCUUCAUUGGCAAAGCAAGUUGAUUCUGCUUUUCACUCGGUAAAUAAGAGAAAUUUUGUCUUUCCGCAUAUCGAUCAAAGCACAGAUGAUACACAUAAAAAAGAGAACGAAACAGCAGAAGAAUUGGACUUGCAAAUUAAGCCUGGAAAGAGAAAGAUGAUGUCAAAGAUGGUGUCGUCAACAUCGAAAAAGAGGCGAAAAUAAAGCUGUUCUCCGCGCGUAGAAGGAAAGUAAUUUCUAUUUUAUUGAUUAAUAUUUUAAGACUACUGUUGUUUUUUUAACAAGUAACAUUUAAUAUAAAUUUUAUAUGUAGAAAUGAAAUGACAAUAAUACCUAUUUUCUCGUUAAGCCAUUUUUAAAAGUUUGUUAAAUGCAUAAGAAUGUUAAUAAUAAUGAUGAUCAAAUGCCUCAUCUCUUAUAUCUAUAAAUAGCAAAUAUAUACAAACAACAAUUGGCACAACAAA